GCAGCCGGCGCACCGCGCUGAUCCUUGCAGGAGCCAGGAGCCAGGUGCUUUUCCUGGUCUCCCAUGGGGUGCAGGGCCCAAGCACCUGGGCCAUCCUCCACUGCACUCCCUGGCCAUAGCAGAGAGCUGGCCUGGAAGAGGGGCAACCGGGACAGAAUCCGGCGCCCCAACCGGGACUAGAACCCGGUGUGCCGGCGCCGCAAGGUGGAGGAUUAGCCUAUUGAGCCACGGCGCCGGCUAUGGCCAGUCUUGUUUUAACUCUGUCCAUAUUCACUUCCAUUUGUUCUCAGUGAAAUUAUUUUGAAGUGAAUUGAAGAUUCCAUAUAAUUCCAACUAUAGUCAGGUUUGAAUCUCUAAAAGAAAAGGAUUCUGCUCUUUCAACAUACCCAUCAUACCAUAUCCUUCCUGAAAAAUUGACACUAAUUUGCUAAUGUUGUGAGAUAAGAUCUUGCAUAUAUGAAUUUAAAUAAGAUGCCAGGGUAAAAAUAUUAUUAGAACACAGAGCUAAUUAUGAUAGUUCUUCAGUUUUCAUAAGUAAUUAAAGCUAAGUUUUCCUCUCUCUCUCUUUUUUUUUUAAUUUUUUAUUUACUCCCCAGCAGUUUCCUGCGAUCCCAAGUAUCAGAAGUGUUCUUUUGAUAGAGCAGUGAAGACACUAGUAAGCUUGCAUCCCAUAUAAGAGUUCAUGGGUUUGAGUUCUGGCUCUGCUUCUGAUUCCAGCUUCCUGCUGAUGCUGAUGAGCACCUUGUGUGAGGGAGCAGGAGAUGGCUCUAGUACUUGGAUUCAUGCCUGAGUUCAAGGCUCCUGGUUUUGGCCUGGCCUAGGCUGUUGUGGGCAUUUGGGGAGUGAACCAAGGUCUUUCUGCAUUUCUGUCUGUCUCUUUCCCUCUCUCUGCCUAGUGUUCUUUCAGCCCAGCUUUCUCAUUUUUACGUGAACAGGAAGAACCUGUUAUUUUUCUCUGACCCACAUAUCCAUUUUUAACCUUUGCCUAGUGUGUAAAGUAAAAGAUUAAAAGAUUAACUUAGGACUUUUGCACUCAGUUUCUAGUUUAGAGAGAAUUUUUGGAAAAACUCCUAUCUGAGAUUACACAAAUGUUCAGAGGAACAUGGGACAAUGAAAAAGCUCUGUCAGCGUGUUUUCUCCUGUUUCAGCUCCCAGGGGUGGCUGUGUGUCCCCAGCCCAUGCCUGGCUGACUGUGCCUGCUCAGUAUUGGGUGUUUCAUGGCACUUGAGCUUCACUGCUGAGGGAGAAAAGGCACAUGGAAUUUGGAGGCUGAAAGACACCAGCGAGGAUAAGGAAGCCUGUGUGGGCACCAACAAUCAGAGCUACAUCUGUGACACAGGACACUGCUGUGGACAGUCCCAGUGCUGCAACUACUACUAUGAACUCUGGUGGUUCUGGCUGGUGUGGACCAUCUUCAUCCUCCUGAGCUGCUGCUGUGUCUGCCACCACCGCCGAGCCAAGCACCGCCUGCAGGCCCAGCAGCGGCAACAUGAAAUCAACCUGAUCGCCUACCGGGAAGCCCACAACUACUCAGCGCUGCCAUUUUAUUUCAGGUUUUUGCCAAACUAUUUACUACCUCCUUAUGAGGAAGUGGUGAACCGACCUCCAACUCCUCCCCCACCAUACAGUGCCUUCCAGCUGCAACAGCAGCAGCAGCUGCCUCCACAGUGCGGCCCUGCAGGUGGCAGCCCUGCGGGCCCUGAUCCCACCAGGGGCUCCCAGGGGGCACAGAGCAGCCCCUUGUCCGGGCCCAGCAGAAGCAGCACAAGACCCCCAAGCAUCGCUGACCCUGAGCCCUCCGACAUGCCAGCUGACCAAGCAGCUCCCAAAGCCUCUCAAGUGGAGCCCAGCGGCUCUGUGGCUGGUCUUGGGGAGCUGGACCCAGCGGCCUUCCUGGACAAGGACUCAGAAUGUAAGGAGGAGCUGCUGAAAGAGGACAGCUCUGAGCAUGGUAGUGCACUCCCCGACAGCAAAGACAAGACACCAGGCAGACACCGCCGCUUCACGGGCGACUCGGGCAUCGAGGUGUGUGUGUGUAACCGGGGCCACCAUGACGAUGACCUCAAAGAGUUCAGCACACUCAUCGAUGAUGCUCUGGAUGGGCCUCUGGACUUCUGUGACAGCUGUCACGUACGGCCACCUGGCGACGAGGAGGAAGCGCUCUGCCAACCCUCCGAGGAGCAGGCGCACGAGCCUGGGCACCCCCACCUGCCACGGCCGCCCGCCUGCCUGCUGCUGAACACCAUCAAUGAGCAGGACUCUCCCAACUCGCAGAGCAGCAGCUCCCCCAGCUAGAGCAGGCCCUGCCUCCACCCAGGAACUUGGCAAAGCACCCACGGUAGGGGAGAACCACAAGAGAAGCAUUAACGACUUUCCGAGAGAGUGGCACAGCCACUUCGCUGUUCUUUCUUUCUUCCUUCUCUCCUGCGUUUUCCUACAUUUCCAGGUACAGUUUGAGGUGUGGUGCCUCUCCCCACAAGCACAGUGCUGCGGAGGACGGAGAAGCUGUUCUGUGACUCAUUCCUCUCACCCCACCCCGUCGUCCUCUACCCCGUUUUCAAGUCUCGUCUCACCUACCUGUCUGGGUCAGAGAGAUGUGCGUUUUCAAAGCCCCCAAGGAAGGGGGCUGGGACUGUGCCCUGAGAGGAUUCUUUCUGUGCUCUGGUUUUUCUCUAAGAGAACUUUGCCCUGUCCCAGGCCAGGAAAGGCAACCCAUCUGGGCACUGGGUAAAGAGGGAAGCUCACAGGUGCCCCAGGAUUGCCACCCGUGGCUGCCAGCAUCUGCAGAGCUGGGAUUGGAUUAGUCCUGGGGGGGCAGGUUGGGAGGGGCUUGUUCUCAAAUCCCAGGUGACAUGAUGGGCGCAUUGCCGGGCAUCCUCCACGCUUCCUCCCCUGGGCCUUUGGCUGGCUGCAGACUGGUAUGCAAGAUAAUCCUGCCUGCUCUUCCUUUUUUUUUUUUUUUAAAGAAACAGAAUCCAGCUGAAAACAAGCCUACCCGUGGGCAGGCAAGUUAUCUCCUAGGAGAAGGAAGUUUGUGGCUCUUUCCAAAGUGGCCUUCUGGGAGCCCAGCCGCAGUAGAGCCAGGAGAUACUUUUUGUGCAGACUUAGACUGGGCCGUCUCUGGAAGCUCUGUGAGCACAAGGCCCUGGCCAUGGUGGACGUGCAGCUUCCGCAUCUCUGCCCUCUGGCUGUGCCCACAGGACCAGUGCCCUCCUCCAUCCCACACGGGGUCGGCGGCUUUCACGGCUCCCUGUUCUUUGUGAGCAGACGGGCUGAGGAAGCGGUGGGUGCUGAGAAGGGGCAGCCCUGCCUCAUGCGGUAUUUUCUCUUUGAUUCUGAAUGGGUUUUUUGUUUUGUUUUGUUUUGUUUUGUUUUUUUGUUUUGUUUUAAACUGACCACUUAGGAGAAAUACCUUGGUUACCUGUGGUUUUCACGCCCUGUCCCUGCCCCCAACUUUGUGUAGGGUGACGACUCCUUUCCCUAUAGCCGACAUAAAGAGUCUGAGUGGCCGGAGGGGCAGGGGGCGGGGAGGGCAGCGUCCGGAAGGACCGCAGCACCCUCUUGCUGCUGCUUGGCUCCAGGUGCCCGGUUGAACUUUGACAGUAAGCUGAGCAGAGACAGCAGACGGCCGAAACCGACAUUCCCUGCCCAGCCGCGUUCAUAUGAAGAGUCUGGUUCUUUCCCUACUCUCAAACAGUGAUACUUAGUCUAAGCAUUGAUGUUAUGGCAAGAAAGGAUAUAUAUAUAUAUAUAUAUAUAUAUACACACACACACACACACACACACACAAACACAUAUAUGCAUAUAUAUGUAUACACACGGAAACAGACAAAUCCAAGGCUGUGAGGUGAAUGAACAUCUGUGUUUGGAUUCCACAAAACCAAAAUCCAUGUCGAACAAAAUGAAGUCCAUACACAAUGACUUUUUGGAUGAUCUGUGUGUCUGUCUGUUGUAUGUGAGCCCCGAGCCCUGUAGUCCUGUGAAGAUGCUUUGAAUGGCAGCCAUUCUGCUCCCGUGUGCUGCACGUCCGGAGCAGACGUGGCCCUCUCAAGGUAAUUUAUUUUACGCAUUUACUGUUUACUGAACACAUGUCUGACUGUGUACUCGGUGUAUCCAGCAGCAUUGUCGACGGCAGCCCCUGUGUUUGCCAGAGAUUCUGUGCUCAGGGUAGAGGUUUUACUCUGCCCAUCACUGCAAUUUGCACACUUUGCUCCGUGGCCCCUCGAGGCCUGUGUCCUGUCCCCUGUAAAUGGAAACGUGCUCUGAACCUGUCUGCUUUCCUCAGCCGCUCCCAGCCCUCUGACUCAGCGCCUGGGAGGUGUCCACGACCACUUGGACAGAAGGCAACAGUGGUGUUUCCGACAGACUCCUGAUGGGACCUAGAGCGGCAAGCCUAGGCUUGAGGCUUUGGUGGGCGUCACGGUGCCACAGGGCUUACCUCCCCCAGCUGAGGCCCAGCAGGCGUGGCCGCAGCCCUCAGAUGCCUUCCCCCCACCCUUACGUUGAAUCCCGAACAACUCACUGAAGUGUCUCAAAGGAGAACAAGGUUUACCAAAAUGAAUCCUGCUUCAGUUAACUGAUCAAAUGGAAGAAUUCUGACCCUUACGAGGUCUUUUCCCCAAGAAGAGUGGGGAUCUGGUCCGAGUGCUGACUGUUGGAGCCACUGCAGCGCCCCCCCACCCCACCCUAAAGCCGUGAGAAGAAAACUGGACCCGAGGAGCUGGGCUUGAUUCCUGAGUCGUGGCCUGGCACCUGCCCUGGGAGGCCACCUGCCAGGAGAGAGAGAGAUGGACAUAGGGAACUGAAGACAAGCUAGGGGGCCUGGGAGGCCGGGGUCCAGUUUUCCAGGUGAAUGAAGAGAAAGGGGUUGGUGGAGGGUUUGGUGCUACAGUGGGGAGAUUUGCAAACGCUAACACAUUCCUGUGCAAGCCCAUCACCAUUUGUCAGUUAUUGUGCAUACGUGUAUUUUAAGCAAUAAGACUCAGCUGGUCAGACUCCUCUGGGCAGUCUCGGUGACGCAUUUCCUGUGCUGUGACUGUUCCGAAGACAGAGUGGCUCUGACCACUGUGAGAAGCCCAAAUAAAAGUCAAUCCCCCCACA